AUGCGUUUCUCCGCUUCCGCUGCCGCUCUGGCCAUGGCCACCACCGUCUCGGCCCACGCUCAGGUCUACGGCCUCUGGGUCAACGGUGAGGACCAGGGUGAUGGACGCAACGUCUACAUCCGAUCUCCCGCCAGCAACUCUCCCGUCAAGGACCUCACCAGCCCCGACCUCGUCUGCAACGUCAACGGUGGCAAGGCUGCCCCCAAGUUCGUCAAGGCUGCUUCCGGUGACGAGCUCACCUUCGAGUGGUACCACGACAACCGUGGCGACGACAUCAUUGACGGCUCUCACAAGGGUCCCAUCAUCACCUACAUUGCUCCCUACACCGAGAACGACGGUACUGGUGCUAUCUGGACCAAGAUUGCCGAGGAUGGUUACGAUGGCAAGGAGUGGGCUGUUGACAAGCUCAUCAAGGCCAAGGGCAAGUCCACCUUCACUCUUCCCUCUGCUCUGAAGGCUGGCAAGUACAUUGUCCGCCAGGAGAUCAUUGCUCACCACGAGUCCGACGUUGCUUACGCCUCCAACCCCGCCCGUGGUGCUCAGUUCUACCCCUCGUGCGCUCAAGUUGAGGUCACUGGCUCUGGUUCCGCCGUCCCUGAUGAGAAGUUCGACUUCAACAAGGGCUACACCUCCACCGACAAGGGCAUUGUCUUCAACCUCUACGGUUCUUACACCACCUACGACAUCCCCGGCCCUGCUGUCUGGAAGGGCACCUCUUCCGGCUCUGGUUCCGACUCUGGCUCUGCCCCCGAGACUCCUGCUGCUACAUCCGCUGCCGCUGAAGCUCCCGCCGCCACCUCCGCUGCCGCUGAGGCUCCCGCCGCUACCCAGCCCGCUGGUGGCAACGCUGGCUCCGAGACUCAGGCUCCCGCCCCUACUCCUACCUUCGCCACCGUUGUCCGACCUUCCGAGGGUGCCUCUGCUCCCACUGACGCCCCCUCCGCUCCCGUCACUCCCCCCAAGACCGGCUGCUCUUCCAAGCGCCGCCGUGCUCGCCGCGCUGCCCGCCGAUCCCUGUAA